AUGGCGGGUGCUAUUAAAGAAACCAUGAAGGGUUCCUUACCUUUGGUUUUGCCGUUGGAUGGUAGAGCUAUACGGUUAUUACCACAUAGCCAGACCAUUAUCGAACAAAAAGAAUUGGAAAAUCUCAAAAUUGAAAUAAAAAAAAACCUAGCUAGAAAACCACACCUAAUACCCUCUGCCAUACAAAAUUUGGAAUUUUCCAUGGAGACUUGGGACGAUACUCUAAAUGGUGCAAUAAUGUCUUUCAAUACCAGAGAAUCAUUAUACAACGAUGAAACCAUCAAUAAGUUCAUGAACCUUAUUGUUAAAAGGAGCGAGGGUAAUAUUUAUGCCUUUGAUUCCUUCUUUAUUCCAAGUAUUGAACGGAGAGGCAUAGAUAUUAUCAAUGCCAAGUUCAAGCACGACAUAUUUUCCAGAAAUUUAUUGAUGGCACCAUUAAAUAUCAAUAACAAUCAUUGGAUCAUUGCUAUUGUAGAUGUGAGCCAGAAGGAAAUUAUUGUCUAUGACAGCUUAGACUGUCACAAUGGUAAGGAAGUUAAAAUAUUACAGUACUUUUUAUGUGAACAUGAACGUACCAAGUAUGGAACUUCAUCACCGUGGUUUCUCUUCAGAGGAGAGACCACAAACCAGGAAAAUGAAUAUGAUUGCGGACCAUGGAUUUUAGCAAUAGCGGACAGAAUUUCUAGUGGUCAGCCACCCAUGCCANUAUAG